AUGCCCGACCUGCUGGCCGACUGCCGCGAGCUGCAGCGCCGCGGGCUCCUGUCCGCGCAGCAGCUGCAGGAGCUCGAGUCGUCUCUGGGCUGCGCCGCGUCCGCGCCGGAUGCCGUGCGCGAGCGCGUGUCGGCACUGCUCGUGCAGGAAGCGGACGCCAUCGUGGAGCGCGUGCGACAGCAGUGCAACCAGCAGGAGCAGGAGUCGCUGGGCAACUCGGAGCUGGCCGCCGUGGCCGUGGGCGGCGCGUUGGGCGCGUUGAACGCCUGGCUGCGGCCGACCCCGGCCCCGACGGCCACCGCCAAGGCGCCGACGGUCUGGGCCAGCGCGUACGACGGCGCCAUGGCCACCCUCAACGUGGCCAAGCGCAAGCGCCGCGUGCAGCAGCUGCAGCUCAAGCUGCUGGGCGGCGACGUGGCCACCUGCAGCCACGUCGUGCUCUGCAUCAACGGCUUCAUGACGCAGAGCGACGACCCGACGCGCAACUGGCGUGCGUGGACGCAGGGCGACGAGCACGCCGCCGUCUUCGCCGUGCAGUGGGAGGCCGGCGACGCGGCCGCCUGGAACGAGUUCUGCACGCACGUGAACGACAACCUCGGCAGCGCAUCCGUGUCGGCCAUGGUCGCGCACUUCACUGGCAACCCAUGGCACAGCGCACAGGGCAAGGCGGAGCAGGUGGGCGUGCUGCUCGCGCACGUGCUGGCCGAGCGGCCAGCGCUGCUGCGCGGACGGAAGGUCUCGCUGUUCGGCCACUCCCUGGGCGGCGCCGUCAUCUACAGCACCUUCCAGGAGAUGGCCAAGCUGCGGGAGCACAAGCAAGGCGACGGCCUGCGGCUGAUCGCCAAUGCCGUGAGCUUUGCCGGCGCGUUCAUCCCCGACGCGCAGGGGCUGGACAGCAUUUCACACGCUCUCGACCCGAACGGAGGCAAGUUCGUUAACGUGUACUCGGUCCGUGACGGCGUGUUGUCCAAGCUCUUCUGGGCGCUGCAGCUUCCAGGCCCGAACGGCCCGGCGGCUGCAGGCUGCCAGGCCGUCGCUUUCGCUGCAGCGGCCACCGCCAGCUGCAUCAAUGUGGAGGUGUCGGACCUCGUGCUUCCGCGCGUGGAGAACCACUUCGGCCACAGCUACGUCCAGUUCAUGGAGGCCAUCAAGGCCCGCGUGCUGCCGCACCUCUUCCGGUCCUAG